UUUACUACUGUUAUAAUGCCUCUGUCCUUCUCCUUUUUCUCGUUUUAUCUCUAUCUUGUAUACUCGUUAUCUCUCCUUGUUCCUUCUUAGUGAUUCGCCAUAGUCCUCGCUUUGUCCCUCAAUUUUCGGACAGCCAUAUAAUGUCAAGUCCUCGGGAUCGCAUGAAUAAAACCGCAUUCCGAAGUGUUGUCUGGUUUUUUUAAGGCCGCGAGAUCGUGCUACGCGAUUGUGACUUAUCCGUCGUUGAGCGUAGUACAAAAACUACGUGGAUGGAUGAACAAGUAACAAUAUGAGUUCACUUCAGCAAACUGGUCGAUUCUUACCAUUCGCUAAUAAUAAUAUACAACGUAAACAAUUAUCUGCACAAGGUGGACUCCCACAGAGUCUGAGUGGUAGUGAUACUGAUGUAUCAACAUCAAAUGAAAAUCUGAGUAACGAAGAACGAUAUGUCAUAAGGCAUACAGCUCGUCAGGAGCCACAAGGUCAAGAAAAUCAGCAGCAAAGUCCAUCCAGAUCCUCAAGUCACAAGGAAAAUAUACCUAACAUACAAGGUAACCUGCUCAACAGAAAUAGUUUGAAAGACAGCUUGAAUGGGUCAAACAGAAACAGUUUGAAGGAGAGUUUAAAUGGUUCGAACCGGAACAGCCUCAAAGAUAGUAUCAAUGGUUCAAACAGAAACAGUCUAAAAGAUAACUUGAGCAAUCGCACCAGUGUUGGAUCCAAUAGAAGCAGUUUAGAUGUUUCAACGAGUUCGUAUAACACCCUCAUUAUACACAACGCUAACGAUGAGAGUUCUUGGACACCAUCAGGAAGAUUAUCGGGCAUGGUGAGGGAACACGGGGACAUGGGCUACUUGUAUAACGAAGGUGGAGGCAAAGGGCAUUCAAAUAGUCCUACUAUGCAAUCUCUAGCCAGUUUACCGCACGAUGACCACAUCUACGAGCAAUCAGGUGGUGGUGGAUGUCAGGAGAUCACUGACAUCCCUGAUGAUUACCUUAGUCAAUCACAGGUAUUAAAGCACCUCGCGAAGGAAGUUAAAGUACCCUCGUACGGAAAACUCAUGAACAACAGCGGUACCAUAGAGAUGAGGAUGCGAGAGAAUGAUCGAGGGAAGCAGAACGACAAUGAAUUUGAAGAUAGGCCACCUCCAUCUUACACUUCGACAUUACUGCCACUGAAAAGUAAACAUAGACUUCUUGGACCUACAGAAAAACUUACCUUAUCCAGGUCUCAACCCGAUUUGUCCAGGAUUGGCAAGUCGGAUAUCGAUAACUAUGAUCCACGUGCCACAUCUCCACGUCCUCAAACGAAAGGCAGAGAAGAGAUAGAAACGGCAGCAGGGGAGAUUUGGCCGCCAUCGGAAAUGGUACAGAUCGUAAUUCAAGAGAACAGUGCCUUGAAACUUGAAUUAGAGCGUUGCUAUAACAAAGUAGCGAAAUCUCAGAAACUGGAACAGGAAAUAGCGAAAGUGCAUCGCGCGCAUGAAGAAUUAGCUGCUUCCUGUGAACGCCGAGAGAAAUUGGAAAGGGCUGCGAGAUUGAGGUUGCAGAAUGAUUGUAGACGACUUACCGAAUUGAAUCGCGCACUGAGGGAUCAAAUUGAUUUGUUGUCCUCCCGAACGGACAGUCCGCCUAUUGUGGAAUCAAUGAGAAAAGAAUUGACGCAACGGGAACUACUCAUUGGACAGCUCAUUACACAGAAUAAGGAACUCGCAGCUGCGAAAGAGAGACAGGAAAUCGAGUUGGCUGCACAACGCGCAACAUUACAGGAACAACGCACCCACAUUGAUAUUCUUGAUACUGCACUUACUAACGCACAAGGGAAUGUCGUACGCCUUGAAGAAGAGGUACGUGAAUGCCGUAAAAAACAAGUGUACGUAGAAAGAGUUGGUCAGUUGCAACGGGCUUUGUCUUCUUUACAAGCGUCUAGCGAUAGACGAGAAGAAACUGAGAGACAAUUGAGAGGCCAAUUAGAAAGAGAAUUAAGGGAAGGUGGACGAGGUGGUAUUAACAGCCACGAACAAUCUCUGAACGGUGACUCGAUCGCUGAUCUUAAGCGAAGAUUACGCGAGCGAGAUGAAAAGAUUAUGUCGCUGGAAGGCGAUGUCGCAAAAUGGGAACAACGUUAUUUAGAAGAGAGCGCACUACGUCAAGCUGCCAUUGAUGCAGCUAGUCUUCCAAAAGAUGCGAAGAUAGCUGCUUUAGAGAAAACAAGUCAGGACGCGGAAAAGCUAAUAGCUGAAGCUCGAUCCGAGAAGAUGCGUCACAUGGACGAAGUACAUGCAGCUCAGAAAAAAUUGGCUGACCUCGAAUCUAGAAUGAAAGAUUUGGAGUCGAAGUUGGCCGAAAGAGACGCAAUGAUAAGAGUACUUCAAAAGCACACUUAUGAUAAGGACAGUAGCAGUAGUAGCGGAGUGGGCAGUUAUCCUGCCGCUCAUUCAUCGCAUUCGAGUACUUCAGCGGACCAUCAUACCGGACUGACUAGUACACCAGAGCUCGUAAGCAGUGUAUUGGGUAGUGGCAGCGGCUAUGGCAGUACAGGUUCAUAUGGGGUGUCGGACAGCUACAAGUAUAGGAAACAAGGAAGCUUCGAACAAACAAACAAGAGUUUGGACGAUCAACUGAAAGAACUAGACUCCCAGCUACUCAGCAAGCGGGCACUUUGCUGUUUUCCAGGAUUCUCUAAUCCAGGCACUGCGUCGCGAAAAGGAAAAAUACCCAAGCCACUAUUGGCGGGUGUAGAUAGCACAGGUAGCUCGAGUACAGCUUCCAGCAAGAGUCGUCUGCUGGACGACUCGGGGGGCGAGGCUUCUGGGGGGAUGCUGGAGUUUGCAAGUGCAUCAAGGUUCAAAGGCACGGUGUCUAGAUUGUCCGACGGUAAGCCGGAGGACAUGAUGUUACUCGAGAAGCAAGGUAGAAGCUCCCAGCGACAGAGAAUGCUAGAGGGCGAGCCACGCAGGGCCGGAAGUCUUCCUCCUAGUUCUCUACCGCGGCCACCAAGGACGCUCAAGUCAACGAAUUCACGUUACUGUCGGCUGAGCGAUACGGAAGCCCGCAAGAAGUCGGAUCCUGGUCCAGCGAUAGACGCAACGAUCAAGGUACGAGACUCUGACAACUGUACCCUGGAGUACGGUAGAUUCGAUACGAAGGCGCAGCGUCGAAAGAAGUCAUCGGGAUCAGACACGUCCGGUCAGAGUAACUCCCUGAAGAAGACCAGCACCAAUAGCGGGGAGUACGAGCGGCUUGGAGAAUUGGAACGAAAGAAACAACAGCAAGGAGGAAGCGCUGCCGGAGACGUCAAGCACAGGGAGACUCAGGGUCGCUCGCUGAUACCACCACCGUCGCGACGCAUCGGAGAGUACGGGCGACUGAGCGACGGCGAUGCCAAAGGGAGCUUGCAAAAGCAGGGCGGAUCCCGAGGACAGAGUACUGGAAGUACAGUCAGUAGUAAAAGCGGCGGACGAGAUUCCGGUGGAACGGCCAGUAGCGAAGCUUCGACGGCAUCUCUACCGCCGACGAAGGCCAGGUCAAUACCACGACCAAGCAAUUAUCGCAUUCAGUUCUAAUAACGUACAUAACGCGCUCGGAGUACGUACGCAGCCAUAAUAAUAACGACAGUUAGUCUCCUUAGGUAUGCUCCUUUAAUGUUAUCGGUAGCAGAAGAAAAGCUAAACAAUCCGCUAAAGCCAAUCAUACGCCAUAAUACACAAUACGUGGAUGAAAUGAUAAGAAUAGGGAUUGUAAGACCUAGUCAUUACCAAAGUGAUUUCCAUUUUGGAAAGGAUUUUCCUCCUAUCACGUGAAAUACGUCGUAGUCUGUCUUUUUUUCUCGCUACAAUCACUCGCGUAGACGAUUGUACUUUGUACUCUGUCAGUCGUAGCUACGUCGAGAAUAGUCAAUUGGUAAAGUGCCUUUCUUAUUAUUUUCUCUACCUCUCUUUAUUUCUUUAUUUCUCUUGUUAUCACGCUCACGAUAUAUUCACGCGUGCCUAACACGCCAUGAACGUUAUUGCGGAAUGUGACGAGAAAACUAACCGACAGAGGCGCUGCGAUCUUUCGAUUUCAGUCCGACUUCGGAUAAUUCUUUUAACAUAUAACUUUAACUUGAUUUUAAUGAAACGUGUCAAAUUUCAAACUUUUUAUCGAGAUAGCACUUCUAUUCGAGGAUUCCUCAUAAUUUAUAUUUACAAUGAUUACGAUUCUUGGAUUUUAUUCUCUAGCUUCUCACCUUUCGGUAAGCAGAUAUACGUACGUAGAUACACGUGUCCCGAGACAGGUCAAUUAUUUUUUUAUGGUUAUAUGCAUUUGUCAAAUUGUUGUGUAACGUCCUGCCGAAUCACGUAGCGAUCUUCAACGCAGUAGAUAUAGGUUCUCAUAAGACUGAGCAAAUGGAUACUGACGAAACGAACUCUCACACGAUUGCUGUUAUCGUUAUUCUUUUUUUUUGUUUCUCAACCUCAGCUUCUCACACGUUACUCUACCUUCUCUCGUUUUACGUAAUUUAUCUCUAGAUCUUAUCUUCGCUCCAUUCACCACGGUUUACACUUACGCGAAAACGUAAUUUUUACUUUUCUCCCCUCGCGCCAUUUUGAUACGUCGCAUUUUCUUCUAACGAGAAUUCGCAUCGCGACGCUGUCGCCUCUACAUUUGUACUGAAACACCAAAGUGUCGAAUUUCAUCUUACCUUUAUAAUACGAUUUAACAAAUGACUCGUAAUAUAAUUAUAUUUAUUUGUGCUUGUGUUAAUUAUUAUCUAACGUGUCAUUAUCUCUCACGAAUAUAACGCCGUAGAAGCGUAGCGAAUGUAUGCAGGAUCUAUAUCGUAAGCUGUAACAUAAUAAUGAUUUUGAUUGUGAUGUAGCAUAGCAAGCAGAAGACUAGUGUCAUUUGAAUUCUUUUUUUUUUUUGUUUCGGGCGUAACGUUCUAUACCAGUGUGAAUGUAUAGUUAAUUCAAUAUUAACUGACGUACGAAUGUAAGAAAAAGCUCCUGAUGUGCUGAAAGGUGAUCAUUAUUGAUAGUCUUGCAUUGAUUUUCAAAACGUAUCUCAUAUAUCGUCCUAUGAUAUUCCGUGUAACAGCUUUAUAUUGGUUGUGUUGUAACAGCCGUGUAAUUGCGCUCUUUAUGUCUUACGUACUUCGUCGACUGUCAGUAUAUGACAUUAGGAUCGUUACCCUAAUAAUUUAAAACGUAAAAUAAUUGUAUUCAAAUUUACGCACAACUCGCGUGUAAGCACGUGUCUCACUCGUACUCGUGACAAAUGUUACUUUAUCCUUGUCAUAAAAAAAAUGCUCCUGACGUCUUUGACGAUUACAAAGAAAAAAAGAAAAAAAAAUGAAUAAAAUAAAAGGAAACGUCGAUUCUCUUGCGUUCUUCGCGACUACACGAAAAAAUGGCUGUUAUAUCAUGGCUAUCUAUAAAGGCAAUUGCAAUUUGGACGAUAAACUUUGUUUUGCUCUAUCUUACCUCUCUCUCUCU